UUGAUGAGCGACGAUUCAGAAAGUCUUGAAUUUCCAAAUGCACCAUUUUAUAGUUUUGUAUUUGAAUAAUAUAACACAUAUAUAUAGAAUAUAACAGUGGGAUUAACAUUGUCAUUAGCCAAAUUAUGUGCUAGUAAAUGUAGAUUAUUCAAACCAGAUCUGGGAGUAAAAUUGAAUGAGAAUGAUAUUCAAUGCAUUUGUAAUAAAUACAUUUUAAUAAAAUACAAAAGAAAAUUGUGCUGCAUCCAUUAACAAUAAUUAUUCCACAUUCUCAAAUUAAUUAAAAGAGUCUAUUAAUUUUGAGGAUUCAUUAGGAGCUUUCGAACCAGAGGAAUGAG